AUGAAUUCCGUCUUUACUAGACAAUCAAUUCUUCGGGCGGCCGCUUGGCCACUGUCUCAGCCCGUUUACCGUGCCCAGCUCUCAGCACUCUCCCGGCUUGUCUCCACACUUGUGGUUCUUGAACAGCGCAAUGGCAAGAUUCAAGGUUCAUCUCUUUCGGCGAUAUCUGCGGCACAGAAGUUGGGAGGCUCGGUAACGGCGUUUGUGGCGGGGAAUGGUGUCAAGUCUGGUGCGGCAGUGGAGGCGUCCAAGAUUAAAGGCCUGGAUAAGGUCCUUGCAGUAGAUAAAGCGGCAUAUGAGAAGGGAUUACCUGAGAACUACGCUCCCCUGCUCGUUGAGAAUAUCAAGAAGGAGAGAUUCACGCACGUUAUUGCCAGCCACGGUGCUUUUGGCAAGAAUGUCCUACCCCGAGUUGCGGCACUGCUGGAUGUCCAGCAAAUAUCUGAUAUUACAGCCAUUGAGAGCGAAGAUACUUUCGUCCGACCCAUCUAUGCCGGAAACGCCAUUCUUACAGUCCAAUCUACAGAUCCCGUGAAGGUUUUCACUGUCCGAGGAACCGCCUUCCAAGCCGGAGAGACCACCGGAGGCUCCGCGGAAAUUGCAGAUGGCGCUGAUCCCAACGUACCAUCUCCCACUGAAUGGGUAUCAGAGGACUUGGCCAAGAGUGAUCGCCCUGAUCUUGGCACUGCUUCCCGCGUCGUUUCUGGAGGCCGUGGUCUUAAAUCAAAGGAGGAAUUUGACAGACUGAUGCCUCCACUCGCCGAUGCUUUGGGUGCUGCUAUCGGAGCUUCCCGUGCGGCUGUCGACAGUGGUUUCGCCGAUAACAGUCUUCAGGUUGGCCAGACUGGAAAGAAUGUUGCCCCCGAACUGUACCUCUGCGCGGGUAUCUCUGGCGCUAUCCAGCAUCUGGCCGGUAUGAAGGAUAGCAAGGUUAUUGCUGCGAUUAACAAGGAUCCUGAUGCGCCUAUCUUCCAGGUUGCGGAUGUUGGCUUGGUGGGGGAUCUAUUUGAGAAGGUCCCGGAAUUGACUGAGAAGCUGAAGAAACAAUAG